CCUAUUGGAGCAUUGCACCAGACAGACCGCUGUGAUUUUUGACAACUGCCCAACCUGCCGUAUGAGUUUCGCUAUGUCGUGACCAGAACAUCGCGUCCGGAUCCAGUCGAUCUUAUUAACUCUCAACAGCCUAUAGACUUAUCGAUCGGAUCCUGCGGUUUUGGUUUGAAUAUCGGAUCAAUAUAAGUUAUAUUGCGUAUCACUGAGGAGGACAGGAUGAGCGGAGGAGCGGACGUGGUGUGCGCCGGCUGGCUGAGGAAGUCACCGCCGGAGAAGAAGUUACGGCGCUAUGCGUGGAAGAGGCGUUGGUUUGUUCUGAGGAGCGGUCGACUGACCGGAGACCCUGACGUUCUAGAAUACUACAAACAUGACCACGCACGCAAACCCAUACGCAUCAUCAACAUGAGCCUCUGUGAACAGGUGGAUGCAGGCCUAACCUUUAAUAAAAAGGAUUUGGACAGUAGCUAUGUGUUUGACGUGCGGACAGUGGAGAGGGUAUUCUACCUGGUGGCCGACAGUGAGGAGGACAUGAACACAUGGGUCAGGUGUAUCUGUGACCUGUGUGGAUUCAACCCUACUGACCAUGGUAUGACAACACACACACACACA